AUGGCCGGACGUUUCUUCGCUUUAGCCCUCGCCAGCGUGGCUUUAGCCAGCAGCAGCCCUUCAAACGCAUCAAACUCGCUGUGGCAGGGCGGCUUUCACCUCACUAGUGAAGUUGCCUGUGCUUGCCAGCAGCUGAGCAAAAUACACUCUGCCGAAGUGUUGUCGCCCUCGUCGGCAAACUACUCGGAGGAAAGGAUCCGAUUCUGGGACAUCCGCUCCGAUCUGCAUCCCGCCUGUAUCUUCCAACCCAGCAAUGCGGACGAAGUGGCCGAGGGAGUGAAGAUCCUGUCCGAGUGCAAUGCGCCGUUUGCCAUCCGUGGCGGUGGUCAUAUGAAUUUCCCCGGAUCCAACAACAUCGAUGGCGGUGUUUUGGUCACCUUGAACAAGCUCCGAGACUACAAGGUCCACAAAGACACCAUCGAAGUGGGCCCCGGCAUGAAAUGGAUCGAUGUCAUCCGCGCUUUGGAGCCCCAUCACCGAGCAGCCAUCGGAGGUCGUCUCAAGACCAUUGGUGUCCCUGGUCUGACUCUGAUCGGCGGCGUCCACUACUUCAUCAACAAGUAUGGAUUUGCCAUGGACAACGUCGAGCGCUACGACGUGGUCCUGGGCAAUGGCACGCAGGUGAUUGCCGACAGCUCUACGAACUGCGAUCUCUUCUGGGCCCUCAAGGGCGGUGCCAACAACUUCGGCUUGGUCACUAAGUUCACGCUGAAGACACACCACAUGCCCAAGGUCAGCACCACCAUCCAGACCUUCAAUGAGUCCGGAGUUUACGACUUCAUCGACGCCGCCGUCGCCAUGUCCCGUCUAGACGAGCCCCAUACCAUUGCCGCGGGUGGUAUUCUUACUCUGCAGUACAAUGCGACCACUAAGGUGGUUUCGGCAUCGAUCAUGGGCGUCCAGGAGGGUGUUAGCAAGCCUCCUUCGCAAUUCGCCAAUUUCACUGCCAUCGAUGGCCCGAUCAAGAUGCACAAUGUCACCACGAUGCGCCAGUGGACUGAGGAUAAAGAGACUCCCAACCAGAUGUUCCGAAUCGCCUUCGCCAAACACUCAAUCAUCCCCGACACGGACAGGCUCUACGAGAUAUACCAGGCCUGGAAGAAGGGCAUCGACACCCUGUCCGAUGUGCAGGGUAUCCACCCCACAUUCGUUAUCAAUCUAUGCCCUAUUGGCGCUGUCCGCGCAGGCCGAAACACCUCUGUCGGCAACACGUGGGAUCUGCCUCUCGAGCCUACAGUUUGGUGGCAAUUCAGCACCGGCUGGGAUCUUGCUCAGGAUGAUAUCCGCGUGACGACCUGGUCACGUCAACUGUCCGAGAGCCUUCACGAAGAAAACCGCCAGCUGUCCUUGGCUCGCGAGCAUGUCUAUAUGGGCGACGCCGGUGAAUGGCAGGAUGCUUUUGCUACAUUCCCCAAGAAGAAUAUUCAGCGGUUGAAGGAGAUCAGGGCGGCGGUCGACCCUAAAGGCGUAUUUAGCCGUCUGAAUUAUGGUGGCUUCAAGCUUGCUCCUUGA